GAGAAUGAGGAAAACAUUCGGAUAAAGGAUGUAAAUUGUAAACAGUAAAGACACUCUUCAUAUAAGAAUGGAUAUCAAUGAAAAGUGAAACGAAAUAAUUCUCUAAGAAACUUUUGUUAUCAAAAUCUUUAUUAAAUGUCUAAUAUACUUCUGGAAGAGUUUCGUCUCAAUGAACCGCGACUAUACAGAAGACUGGUGAUGGAGCUUUCGUUAAAAGAAAGGUGGAAGAAUGUUUUGAAAGCGCUCAGUAUGAGCAGAAAACCACUUAUAUUCAGUAAAGAUAAGGAAAGCAAAAUGGAAUUGUCCCAAAAGCCUGGGGAGUUUUUAUUAAAUGAGCUAAUUGCCCGUCAGUUUACCCUUUCGUAUUUUUCCGAAAUUUUACUGAGCUGUAAUGAAUUAGAAAUUCUCUCCUGUAUAACUACAACACCAGAACCUCUAAAAAUAAUUGUCCAACCUGGUGCACACAACAGUGAGAUUAAUUUGUUUUUUGGAGAUGAACUCAAAUUGGAGUGUCGAGCGACAAAAAUUCCUCCUCCAAAAUAUCAAUGGUACCAUAAUAACAUUCCUAUAGACUGUACAGGACCUGUUUUUCUAAUAGAAUCAUUUGAACCAAAACACGAAGGAUACUAUUUCUGCAUCGCCAGCCGUUAUUCUGAUUGUAGUAAUUUCCAGUCUGUCCAGUCAGACACAGUCAUAUGCAAAUUUAUUGACCGUUUACCCGAGUUUGAGUAUGUAAGACCUGGGAUGGAAAUUUAUAAAGAAAUAGGUUCCAGAGUGACAUUAUCUGUUGGUAUAAAAUCAAAUAGAGAGUGUAAACUACAAUGGAUUAAAAACAAUGAAGUCAUAAAAAAUGGAAAUAGCAAUGAACUACUAAUUAACAACCUUAAGGACACAGAUUUUGGUGAAUACUAUUGCGUUGCCAGCAAUAUCGCGGGGGAAGUUUACUCUCAAAAAAUAACUUUAAAAUUGCUUAGCACCAAGGAGAAACCUCCAUCAUCUAAAGUUGCUUUACUCAUAGCAAAUGAAAAGUAUGAAAAUUACAAAUAUUUGGUUACGCCUUGUAAUGAUAUUAUACUUCUGGCCAAAAUAUUGAAGCAAUUAAAUUAUCAUGUAGUAGCUUUGAUGAACUUGAACCUAAUUGAAAUGCAAAAUAUAAUCAACUGGUUUUUUGACAUGCUACCGGCUGGAGCUGACGCAUUCUUUUGUUUUGUUGGCCAUGGAUUUCAGUUAUCCGAUAACAAAUUUAUGAUGCCGAUCGACUCACCAAGUACUAUCAAAAUGGUGGAUUGUAUAUGCGAUCAAAUGUUAAUUAUGAAAGCCAAAACUAAUAAAUUGCGUCUGCUAGUAUUAAUGAUGGACAUGUGCCUGGAAAUACCAAAAAGAGAUAAUCCACAGAUAUUUAAUGAAAGGCCUAAACAGUACAUAUAUAAACCAUAUAACGCGUGUAAUGUUAUAAGAAUAUUCUCGACAGCGACUCAUCAGAACGCGUAUGAAACUCAAAAUCAGAAGCAUGGCAUUUACAUAGAACACAUAUCAAAAUUUCUUUUAGAAGACAAACCUAUAAUAGACAUUUUUAACGAGGCACACGAAGCUUUUGAAAAGACAAAAUUUUCGAAGUUUCAAAAACCAUCACUUUCCAUUGAUGGGGGACAUAGAUUAAAAUUAAAUGUCAAACCGUUAGAAAAUGCUGAAGUGGACGCAAAAUUAAAUGCGAUCUGUGUUUUGAAUAACAAUCAUUAUCGUUUAAGUUUUCCAAGAGGAGGUGAAAACAUAUUUCUACAUGUGGCUCCCCACGAAGGGACCAUUUUAAAUGCCAUUGACCUUAAUUUUUACGACUUCCUAUUCGCUUUUAAUGUACAAUUAGACACUAGUCCACAAAUAUGUGAUCCAAAAUACAAAUGUACUUCUGAGGAACUUAUAUUCACAUUACAAAACCUGCAGAAAGUAAAAAAGCAUGAUGUAUUCAUCACAAUAAAAAUAAGAAAGCCUAAUGGUGAAGAGGACUGUUGUUCAUUGGAUUUAGGUAUUCCUCUUAUUGCUGCUGCAGAUCUGUGGUAUCAGCCUGUAGGAGAGGAAACUUAAAGUUGUUAAUUACAAUCCAUAUUAUAUAAAAUAUUUA